ACAAUGUGGACUGUACUGAUAUAGAAGAUGUGGAAAUUGAAGAUGAUUUAUUACAAUAUAUAAACACUUUUCCAAAGACUUUGACAAGUAACAUAAGAGAUAUUUUAAAUCAAGCACAUCCCAAACUUGGCAAAACUUACAAUUCACAUGUGGUUUUUCAAUAUGAGCAUGUCUGUACAACAAUUUCAGAUUGGUAA